GUGCUAAUAAGAUUCCCUCCUUUUCAUGGUCACGCUCAUAAGUCCUCUGCUUGCAAUGCAUGGACAAUGUCUGCUGCUGUGAGACUUAUCAGGAGAAUGCUGACCCCAAGGAUAACUCUAGUAUCCUUUGUGCUCUUCGUCUUAGCAUCUGAAUGUUCAACAGCAAAUGAUGCCCCAUUCUCCCUCACUAACAGGGCCACUGGUUUUUGUUUGCUGAAAAAGUUUACCCGCUGCCUGGACAUGCGCUGGACGACUGGAAACCGCCUUUUUGUUGUCACAACCAAAAAGUGCCUGGGAGCGCAGGGCAAAAGCCUGGGGAGUGAAGUGAGCCUCUAUGACUGUGACAUCAACAGCGACCUCCAGAAGUGGGAAUGCAAGAAUGGAACUCUGCUCGCUCUCAAAGGCCAAGAGCUCUACAUCGAAGUCAAGGCUGAUGAAACGAUUGCCCUCUCCAGAACUGUCGGGCCAAAUAACGACUUCACGAUCACGGGGACGGUCAGUGGUGCUUGCACAAGAACAUUCAGAGAACUUUAUACCAUUGAGGGAAAUGCGUUUGGUAAGAUCUGCAUGUUUCCCUUCCUGUACAAAGACCGGUGGUUUGGAGACUGCACUACAUAUGACUCCUCACAAAAGCGUGCUUGGUGUGCAGUUGAGACAAAAUAUGAACAUGAACAGUGGGGAUACUGCCCAUCUACGUCCACAGAUCACUGGGUGAAAAACCUUGUGACCGGAGCGUAUUACCAGCUCAACACACAGGCAGCUCUGACUUGGCCCCAAGCAGAUGCCAGCUGUAAACAGCAGGGUGCUUCCCUGGUCAGUGUCACCGAUCCCCAUCAGCAGGCUUUUAUGUCAGCACUACUAGGAACAGCGAAACAUAAACUUUGGAUCGGGGUGGUUCUGGACCCAGAACAUGGCUGGCAAUGGUCUAAUGGGAAGCCUUUCCGUUACCUGAGAUGGAGCACAGGACAUCCACUUCCUAAUCCGGGACACAACUGUGCAUUUCUUGACUCUGCUGGGGAUCACUCUUGGCAAAGUUCAUCCUGUGUGAAGAAACUGGGCUACAUCUGCUACAAAGCUGGGGCCCCACCAGUUACACCGCAAAUUGAACAAGGAUUUUGUUCAAGCCCAUGGAUUCCCUACAAUGGUCACUGCUUCCACCUUCAGCGAACUCCUCAAACAUGGAUUAAUGCUCAGAAAGAGUGCCGCAAAGAACAUGGCGACCUGGUCAGCAUUCGCAACGUGGAGGACCAAAGCUUUGUCAUCUCUCAACUUGGAUAUGCAUCCAUUGAUGAGCUUUGGAUUGGACUGAAUGACAGGAGGACAGAGAGGCUGUUUGAUUGGAGUGACCACUCCACUGUCAGCUUCACUAGCUGGGGGUUUGGAAAACCUUCUGUGUCCACCGAUGGUGAAGACUGUGUUCUCAUCAGGGGGGAGAAUGGGAACUGGGCAGAUCGCUCAUGUGAUGAGAGCCAUGGCUUUAUCUGUAUGAAGCAGAGUGAAAUUGACCGGCCUAUAGAAGAAGUAAACUUGGACAUAGGCUGCAAAGCAGGCUGGAAAAGACAUGGUUCCUACUGCUAUUUUGUAGGAACUGAGACAAAGACUUUUGAAGAAGCUAAAGAAGACUGCAAGAGUUCAGACUCCUACUUGGCAGAUGUUUCAACUGGGGUGGAUAAUGCUUUCCUAGUCACCCUGGUGGGGUUGAGACCUGAGAAAUACUUCUGGAUCGGGCUCUCAAACCAGAGAGACAUUGAUCAGUUUGUGUGGACCAACACAGACACAGUGAGGUUUACUCACUGGAACACUGGAAUGCCAGGUUACCAACAAGGCUGUGUUGCCAUGUCAACUGGGAUUUUGGCUGGACUCUGGGAUCUACUGCCCUGCACCAAUCAGGAGAAAUACAUCUGCAAACACCUGGCAGAAGGGGCAGUUGUAACCGUUCCACCACCGACUCAAUCUCCUCCAAAGUGUGCGGAAGGUUGGAAUCGAGUGGGAACAAGAAACUUCUGCUCUAAGUUUUUUACAGGGCCUCGUGCAAAUGAAAAGACAUGGUUUGAGGCCAGGGAUUACUGUAGGGCCAUUGGAGGAGAUCUGCUCAGCAUCCACAGCUCUGCAGAACUUCUAGUGGGACGUCAUGGACGAGCUUGGAUUGGACUCCAUGUUCCUGAUCCAAACACUGGUUAUGUAUGGAGUGAUGGAUCCCCGGUAAACUUCCAACACUGGCAGGAAGGAGAGCCCAACAAUUUUAAUAAUGCAGAAUCCUGUGCUGAAUUCAGAAUCUAUAACUGGGAUGAGGAGGGGUCUUGGAACGACGUGCACUGUGAGAGUUACAAUGACUGGCUGUGUCAGAUCCGCGCAGGAGUGACUCCAAAAUCGCCUCCAAAUAUCACUACAGUGGAAUAUAAUACCACUUCAGAUGGCUGGCUUGUGUGGAGGGGGAAUCAGUAUUACAUUAACAGAAUGUCAAUGCCCAUGGAGGAUGCUCGUCACUUCUGUCAGCAGAGGCAUGGUGACUUGGUAUCUAUCACCAGUAAAGAUGAAAAUACCUUCAUAUGGAAACAGAUUUCCAGAAGCUAUGGGAAUUAUUAUAUAGGUUUGUCAGUGGAUCUUGAUGGGUCAUUUUGGUGGAUGGAUGGUACUUCUGUGUCACUGCAAAGAUGGGAUGAAAAUCAACCUAACUCUAAUGUGUUUGAUGAGAACUGUGUUGCUAUGUCUUAUUAUAUGGGUUUCUGGCGUACUUUUAAUUGUGGCCAAGAGCACCAGUCCAUUUGUAAACGAAGAGGCUCAGUACCUGCAAACACCACUGUAGCCCCCACGGUUCCUCCUAAAGGUGGCUGCCCAAUCAAGUGGACAAAAUUUGACUCAAAGUGUUACAGUAUCAACGCUGGUCGGAAGACCACCUGGGAAGAAGCAAGGAGACAGUGCAUCACCAUUGGGGGAAAUUUAGUCUCUAUUCCCACAAGGCGUGUACAAGCAUUUUUGAUCACCAAAAUGGCUGAAAUAAGGAAUACAGACCUGUGGAUAGGUCUGAGUAGUUUAAACCAAAAUGAAUAUUACUGGACUGAUGGAAAAGCAAGGAAAUACACCAACUGGGGCUACACUAAACAUAAUCGUCGUCCCGGGACCUUCUAUCAAAGAUGGAAUGAGGAAGACUGUGUUGUGAUGAACAGCAAUCCUACUCUUGGCACCGGUAAAUGGUUGAUUAAGUCUUGUAAUGACACCAAUGGAUAUAUCUGUCUUCGAAAUCUUGACCCAAGUAUCCAGAGUCAACCAGAACCAUCAGUUCCUAACAUCUAUGUAAAUCUGGGAAAUGACAGCAUCAAGGCUGUGACACAAAAUCUGACCUGGGAUGAAGCCAAGAAACACUGUGAAGGUGAUAAAGCCACCCUUGCUAGCCUGCGAAAUGAAUGGACGCAGGCCUAUGUUGAGCUGCUGGCUCUGAAUCUCAAAACUCCUCUGUGGAUUGGACUGAACAAACAGCAGACCAGCGGUUAUUUUAAGUUUAUUGAUGGCUGGCACCUGAGCUUUGCCAGCUGGGCUGAAGGUGAACCAACCAGGAACCAACCUUGCGUGUACAUGGAUGUGGACGGAAAAUGGAAGACUGCUCUCUGCAAUCGUACCAUGAACAGCGUUUGUAUACAGUCCACAGAUGUGGCACCAACAGAGUCAACCGCCUUCCCAGGAGUUUGCCCUGAAGAUACGAAUGAAGACUACCACCAGAGUUACUCCUGGCUGCCAUUUAAGGGUUAUUGUUAUUUGUUUGUCACAGAGGAUAUUGAAUGGCCAAAUGCAGCCACCAGUUGCAUAAGGCAUGGUGGAAUGCUGGCUAGCAUUGAAGAUCCCUCUGAGCAACAAUUCCUCAAAAGCAAUGCAGAAAUAUUUCAAGACAGCUUCAGCUCAUUCUGGAUUGGCCUGUAUAAAACUCAUAAAGGGACAUGGAUGUGGGUGGAUAAAACGAUCUUGGACUACACUAACUGGGCUGAGGAUGAGCCUGAUUCUGACUAUGGAUCUAUGGGAACCUCAGAUGGGACCUGGAGGUCCGGACGCAGAUGGCACGAUAGACCGUACAUCUGUAAAACACCUAAAGUGAUACCCACAGAUCCAGAAACAAAACCUGAAACUCGUGGCGGUGGAAAUCCUGGCAAUCGUGUCCACACAAGUUUGAUAGUUGUGCUAAUCAUUGCUGUUACCUCCUCGCUGAUAGCCCUCGCGUUCUUCCUCUACAAGAGGUCCCCUCGUCCCCUGCCCACCUUUGACAACCCACUCUACUACGGUGAACGAUCUCAGCCCGAUGUGGUGGACACAAACAAACUGAUAGAGAACGCAGAGGAACAUGCGCAAGAAAACCCCGAGCCCAUUAUAGCUCUGUAAUUUAGAACGUAACAGAAUCUAGUGGGACAUACACUAUACUGUAUCUCAGACUGAUGUAUUACACUUGGAAGCUUCAUUUAUGUUUUUGCUUUUUUUCAGUUUUUUACUAUAUACGGUCUAUAUUCAGUUAUUUAACAGUAUGUCACUGUUUCAGUAUGAGUUUCAGUGGAGUUGGCAAUGUCUAACCUCAUGGAACAGAACAAUUUAGGCUCUAGGAUGUCUCAAUGGGAAUGAUCAGUAUUUGAUUUUUUUCUUUUUAUCUAUGAUUGAAUGUAUAUAAUUGUCACUUUUUGCUUAUGCCCACUAGAUGCUGUUCAUCGCUUGUGCUCUUGAAAUGUGCAAAAAUCUCACUGCCUGUCUUUGUUAAAUGAACAUUAAACUCUGCACAAAAUGAUAAA